AUGAGUAGAACCGUGAGCUGUAGAGCUUGCGAAGCUUUUAACCAAGCUUGUGAAACUUUUGGCCUAGCUACCAAGCUUUUGGCCAAGGCUUGGUGUCUUGAUCUUCUAAUAAGGCUUUUCGGCUCAAUCCGAGCUAGAGGAGCUAUAACCAAGAUGCCAUGGCUUGUGCAUAUUUUUAUAGACGAAGCCAAUGGUUAUGAUCAUCCCAAAGGAUUUCAGCCUUCAAACUUUGGAAGGGCAUUGGAUUUGGCUUUGGCUUUGAGGGAGAAAGGUUCUUUUUAUGUUUGUGAGCUCUGCCGGAAAAAUGGUAAAAGUUCAGUUCCAGAUAUUAGCACAUCACCGAUUGAGCUUGAAGCUGUUUCCACCGUAGAUAACGUUGUGCUGUCUCCUCCUUUGCCUUGGGGUAAUGGUAGCAGGACUUUGAAGAAACUAAGGAUUUUAUGUUUACAUGGGUUUAGGCAAAAUGCUUCUGGUUUCAAAGGAAGAACUGCAUCUUUCGCCAAGAAACUCAAAAACAUUGCUGAGCUUAUUUUUAUCGAUGCACCCCACGAGUUACCUUUCAUUUACCAACCUCGCGUCAUGUCAGAACCAACAACCAAUUGUAUUGCAUCUUCAGUACAACUAAGUCCACCACCAUCGAAGAGUUGCAAUAAAAAGUUUGCAUGGCUAGUUGAACCUAAUUUCAAUGAAAAAAGUGAUGGUGAGUGGAAAAUGGCUGAUGAUCCAUUUAACUCUCUGCAGUACCAGCAGCAAACUGAGGGAUUAGACCUAUCACUCGCAUACCUGAAAACUGUAUUUUCUCAAGCUGGGCCAUUUGAUGGAAUCUUGGGAUUUUCACAAGGGGCUGCAAUGGCUGCUACAAUUUGUGGCCAAAGAGAGAAGCUAAAGGGUGAGAUAGAUUUCAGGUUUGUGAUUUUGUGUUCUGGAUUUGCUCUCAUUUUAGCAGAGUAUGACGCGAGACCAAUCAACUGCCCAUCGCUUCAUAUUUUUGGCAACCACCUGGGAAAAGACAGGCAGAUAGCAAAUCAAGCCAGCAGAGACCUUGCUGCUUCAUUUGAAGAGGGCUGCUCUGUGGUCAUUGAACAUGACCUAGGUCAUAUCAUUCCUACACGGUCACCGUUUAUUGAUCGGAUCAAAGAUUUUCUUCAACGUUUUCUCUGA